AUGAUUCGCUGAUCAUCUGCCCAACAUCAGCUGCCGUAGGCCGGCUGCCCCCGAAGAAAUGCGUCGGCUGCCAAAAAUAAUGUCGCCGUGUGCCUCCAACUCGGCAUCUCGACAUCUCGACGUCUACAUAUGUACAUCGGUUCCACUCAGCCACAGUCGGAAUUGUUGUCUUUGCGUUUGUGGUCGGUCGCAGCUCGUUUGUCGCCCAUCUAUAAAAAUCGCCCAUCGAAAUCAAAAAACGGCCGUCGUGUUAAAGUGAUCCUAAAUUCGUAUAAGACAAACAUAAACUGAGCUGUUCUGUGCAAUUUUGCAAAUGUGAUUCCUUCAACUAUUGCCAUGUGGCACAUUCCAAUCUUAUGUUAAAGUUCAUGCGUUUAGUCUGACCCAGUUUAGUUAUGCUAAGGCCCGCCGUCGCCAGCUCUAGAAAUUGAUUAAUUUAUGUGCUUGUAUGAUUGCAUAAUUUGUUUGGGGACAGCGCCACCAUUAAGUGGUUCUCUGUUCGCUGAUUAAUCAGUUGAUAUUGCUGGCUCCAUAUCCAUUUAUAUUCACACAACUACGAUCCCGUGCUAAUCCAACGCAACAACGGUCAACAUGAAGAAGCUGCACCUGGGCGCCAAGCAUAAGGCGAAGACAUAUAAACCCUUUAGGAAUAAUAAAAAUCGUCGGGGUUCUGCCGACUCGAACUACUCACAACCGUCAUCCGAUCUGUCGCUAGACGAGGAAAAGGAAUCGCUUCGGCGAGAAAAGGAACGCCAGGCCUUAAGCCAGUUGGAUAAAGCGAGGAGUAAACCAGUAGCGUUCGCUGUGCGAACCAACGUAGCGUACGAUGGCACAAUUGACGACGAUUCGCCCGUUCAGGGUGGUGCAGUUUCAUUUGAGAUGCGGGAGUUCCUGCACAUCAAGGAGAAGUAUGACAAUAACUGGUGGAUCGGCAGACUGGUUAAGGAAGGCUGUGAUGUGGGCUUCAUACCCAGCCCCGCUAAGCUAGACAACAUUCGCAUGCAGAAUCAAACUAGACCCUCAAGACUGUACGGCACAAAGGGCUCAUCUAGUGGUAAUCUGGGUGCGGGACAAGCAGGUGCGGAGCCAUCACGAGGUAGCACACCCCCCACACCUGACCCCUAUAGUACUACACCGCGCAAGAAACAAGAUUCCAUGGGACCAGGACGACAUGGCAAGACACCAUUAGCAACGCCACCCAAUAAGGAGAAGCGCAAGCCUUUUUUCAAGAAACAGGAAACAGCCAGUCCGUACGAUGUGGUGCCAUCGAUGCGGCCCGUUGUGUUAGUGGGUCCAAGCCUUAAGGGUUACGAGGUAACCGACAUGAUGCAAAAGGCGCUCUUCGAUUUCCUUAAGCAUCGCUUCGAAGGACGCAUUAUCAUAACGCGCGUUAUGGCCGAUAUAUCCCUGGCGAAACGAUCUAUAAUGAACAAUCCAUCGAAGCGUGCCAUCAUGGAGCGUUCCACCAGUCGGUCCGAUUGUCUGGGCAAGGUGCAGGAGGAGAUCGAGCGCAUCUUUGAGCUGGCCCGUUCACUGCAGCUGGUCGUACUCGAUUGUGAUACAAUCAAUCAUCCGUCACAAUUAGCAAAAACUUCAUUAGCGCCAACAAUAGUUUACUUAAAGAUUAGUAGUAGUAAGGUUUUACAGCGUUUAAUCAAAUCACGGGGCAAAUCGCAAGCUAAAAACUUAUCCGUACAAAUGGUUGCUGCCGAAAAGUUAGCCCAAUGUCCACCCGAAAUGUUCGAUGUAAUUUUAGAUGAGAACCAAUUGGAAGACGCCUGCGAGCAUAUCGCCGAAUACUUGGAGACAUAUUGGAAAGCCACGCAUCCAGAUAUUCGCACAGGCACAACAGUACCGGCCAUUGCUAGACCGAUACCGUCUCAGGAGGUGUCGGCAUCACCCUCCGCCGAUCAAGCUCGCUUGGGUCCAACACCACCAGUCGAUGGCGAGGAGUUUGAUGAGCACGAGCCUAGAAUGGCGAGUGCCGAGCGUGAGGGUAGUCGGGAGCGAGAGCGAGAGCGAGACAAUGGCAGUAGGGAAAGAGAACGCGAAAAUGAACGAGACUAUUGGGAUAGAGAGUUCAACAGAGAUCGCAGUUCGAAAGACAGAGAAAGAGAUUUGGAAUGGGAGCGCGAGCGAGCACGCGAAUGGGAAAGAGAGCGAGAAAGGGAUUGGGAUAGAGAGUUCGAUUGGGACCAAGGAGGUGCCUCUUACCAUCAUAGCCGUCGUCCGGCCUCAGGACGACAUCAGGAGCGCAGCGUGGGCAGCGGCGGAGUUGGCCACGCGGCCGGCUAUGAGCGUGACAGGGAACGCUACGAGCGGCAGGAAAGGGAACGACUCCAUGCACGUGAUCGCGACCUUAUGCACUACGAUCUUAACAGCGACGAAAUGCUGGACGAACGAAAUUUUGAGUAUCCGGCAAUGCGCAGCGGGCCCAGCGGCGCCUCCCACCAUGGUCAUCUGUCGCGCGGCGGUCGACUUCUGGACGAUACAGAAUUUGAGCGUGAGGAUCGACUGCUGGGCAGCUCAAGAUCACGCUACGGACCCGGACCCUCGACGCGCAUUGACGAUCCCCGUGAUGUGCCGCGCGCAGCAGCUAUUGUGGAUCGCGAUCGCGAUGAAUACAGUCCGCACAGAGGUGGUGGAAGUAGUAGGAGAAUGCUGAAUGCCAUGUAGGAAUCGUGGAUAUAGG